AUGGAGACGCCGCAGAGGUCGAGCAGGCACAGGAAGAGAGAUUCAGAUCUGCUCGCAGAAGUGCCCGACCAUGCCGUCCAGUUCGACCUCGAGCAACCAUCUACCAAGGGCUCUGACAGUCUACUUUCACAGAUCGUCCUAGGUCCUCUAACAAUGAUCUCGUUCCUCUUUUCUCUUUUGGUCGUGGACCGUCAACAACGUGCGUGGCGCGUUUCGCAGCACCAGCACGACAGCGGGCCAUGGUGGAAGAAGCUAUCGCCCUGGACGUGGUGGAACGCAGAACCCUAUCAAUCUCCCCAAGAUUCUACAUGGCAACAUGUUGUACCCGCUACCACCACCUUGGACGGCGCAGAUGGGACCGUUCCCGCUUCGGCGGUGAAUACCGACCAUUGGCACACUCGUAAAAAGCACAGGAAGAUGGCUCGACUCACCCUCUCCGACGCAAUCGACAUGAGGGAAGGAAUGGCCAUCAUGCUUGUCACGGCAGCCUUGCUGGGUCUAGUCGUCAUGCUAUGGCUCGCGAGACGUAUAUUCUCAUCCAUCGUGUGA